AUGGUGGAUGUGAAAUUGACCGCAACCUCAACAUGCUUGCUUUCCAAUCCACAAGCACUAGUCCAUGUACUAGCAUUUGCUCUUCUCUAUUGCUGCAGUUGCAUGGCCUCAACCUCUCUAGGAAACGAGACAGAUAGGCUGGCAUUGCUUGCCAUUAAAGCUCAAAUACAUCAAGAUCCUAAUCGGCCGGUCAUGAGCUCCUGGAAUGAGUCCACUCAUUUUUGCAUGUGGUAUGGUGUCACCUGCAGCCGACGCCAUCUUCAGAGGGUCACUAAGCUGGACCUUCGCUCCUUGAAAUUGUCCGGGUCCGUAUCUCCUCACAUAGGAAACCUGAGCUUCCUAAGGGCGUUAUACCUCUUUGAUAAUAGCCUCACCAACAAAAUCCCUACAGAAAUUGGGCACUUGAGGAGGUUGCAGAUGUUACAUCUAGGAAACAACUCACUCAGUGGUCCUAUUCCUGCCAAUAUCAUCAAUUGCUUCAACCUCAGAAUCCUCGUUGUUUAUAACAACAUGCUGGAAGGUAACAUUCCUCCACAACUUGGUUCCUUGUCAAAGCUUGAGUAUCUUGCUUUGGGAGCUAAUAAAUUAACAGGAGAGAUUCCUCCUUCCUUGGGUAAUCUUUCUAGUCUUGUUCAACUUGGUGCUUAUAUAAAUAACUUGGUGGGAAGUAUUCCGAGUUCUCUAGGCCAACUGAAAAAAUUAACAUACUUCGGACUACACGCUAAUAGGUUGUCUGGUACCGUCCCACCCUCCAUCUAUAACAUCUCUAGUGUCCUUACUUUUUCCAUAGCAGACAACCAAAUUCAAGGGAGCAUGCCCCCAUCCUUGUUCAGAACCCUUCCGAAUCUCCAAACUUUUAGCAUUUACAACAAUCACUUUACUGGAUCACUUCCUCUCUCAAUAAGCAAUGCAACUAAUUUAGAGAGUUUUCAAGUUAGUGGUAACAAAUUAACAGGGCAAGUGCCGAAUUUACAAAAGCUUCGUAACCUUGUGGUCUUGAACAUUGCUGCUAAUCAUCUCGGAAGUGGGGGUGAUGGGGACUCAAGAUUUUUAUCAGACUUGACCAAUGCCACGAAGUUGGAGUGGUUGGAAAUAGGAUUCAACAGAUUUGGUGGGACGUUGCCCGCAUCAAUAUCCAAUCUCUCAGCCCUUUCAAUUCUACAUGUUUGGAACAACCGUUUACACGGAAGCAUCCCUGCAGGGAUAGGGAAUCUGGUCAACAUGAAAAUAUUGUAUUUAGCUGAUAACAUGUUCACAGGUAACAUUCCCACUGACAUUGGGAAGCUUUCAGGUCUUGGGGCAUUGACAUUUGAUCACAACAGAUUAUCAGGGAGCCUCCCAUCCUCUCUAGGAAAUUUGACAAUGUUAGUUCAACUCACAUCGGAAGGAAAUCAUUUUAACGGUACCAUCCCUUCAAGCCUUGGGGAAUGCCAUUCGUUGCUGCGGUUGGAUCUUUCUGGCAAUAACCUUAGUGGCGAGAUUCCUCCACAAGUUAUUGGCCUUCAGUCCUUAUCAAUAUAUUUGGACUUGUCUGAAAAUCGUCUCAGUGGUUCUCUUCCCUUGGAGGAAGGAGAGUUGACAAAUCUAGGUAUAUUAAAUAUCUCCAACAAUAUGUUAUCAGGAAAACUUCCUAACAGCCUUGGUAGCUGUGUGAGUUUGGAAGUCCUGCUCUUGCGAGGAAACUCCUUUGACGGCCCCAUUCCUUCAGCUUUGGGCUCCUUGAAAGGGAUUCGAGUGUUGGACCUUUCCCACAACAAUCUCUCUGGUGAAAUUCCUGAAUUUCUGGCGGGGUUUGGAGGAUUGAAGCAACUUAACCUGUCUUUCAAUGACUUUUGGGGUGCAGUGCCAGUUAUGGGUGUCUUUAACAAUGCAAGUGCCAUUUCAAUUGUCGGAAACACAAGACUAUGCGGAGGCAUUUCUGAUCUCCACCUUCCAAAGUGCAAGUUUAAAGAAUCGAGGUGGUCUCGUAGCAAGAAACUAACAAUCUCAUUAGUUUCCGCAUUCACUGUUCUUGGAGUAGCUACGCUGUUGACGUUUCUUUUUCUUUGUUUCUUGAAAAAGAGAAGCAAAGAAACUCCAUCAAGCACAUUGGCGAACUCUGUUUUACAAGUGUCGUAUAGUGCUCUCUUGAAAGCUACUGAUGGCUUCUCUGCAUCAAAUUUGAUUGGUGCUGGUAGUUUUGGUUCUGUAUACAAAGGAAUUCUUGGUGAAGAAGGAGAACAGCUUGUUGCUGUGAAGGUUUUUAACAUGUUACGCCGGGGAGCUUCCAAGAGUUUCCUAGCUGAAUGUGAGACACUCAGAAAUAUCAGACACCGAAAUCUAGUCCCGAUUAUAACUGCAUGUUCCAGUGUGGACUCUCAUGGUAAUGAUUUCAAGGCUUUGGUUUAUAAGCUCAUGGAGAAUGGGAGCUUAGAGGAGUGGCUACAUCCAACUACUGAGACAGAAGACACACCAAAGAGUUUACGUCUUGUUCAGAGGCUAGACAUUACCAUUGACGUUGCAUGUGCAGUGGAUUAUCUUCAUAAUCAUUGCGAAACACCAAUAGUUCAUUGCGAUCUCAAGCCGAGCAAUGUUCUUUUGGACCACGACUUGACAGGACAUGUUGCUGAUUUUGGAUUAGCUAGAAUCCUCUCAAGACUAGCUGAUAACGUUUCAGCAAAUCAAUCAAGUUCCAUUGGAAUAAGAGGGACUGUUGGUUAUGCUGCUCCAGAGUAUGGAAUGGGAAGUGAGGUUUCAACAUAUGGAGAUGUCUACAGCUUCGGCAUUCUCUUGUUAGAGAUGUUUACAGGGAAGAGACCUACUGACCACAUCUUCAUGGAUGGUUUGAACCUUCACAAGUGUGUGAAGAUGGCCAUUGAGGAACAAGUUUCAGAGAUUGCAGAUUCAUCACUUGUUCAAGAAGGCAAUCUGAGGCAGAGCACCGAUGAUGCUCUUGAAGAAUGCUUGAGUUCAAUACUAGCAAUUGGAGUUGCAUGCUCUGUGGAAUCCCCAACAAACCGAAAGAUUAUCAAGGAUGCUGUGUCUGAACUGAAAAAGAUUCGAGCGACUCUUGUUGGAUAG